AUGACUACCGGGAAUGGCGCUGCAUCGCAUGAGGAAGAGCCUCUUGUGAUCGAUGGUGCUGUCUAUCCCGACAUCGUGAAGAACCCACUAGAUGAAAUAUCGUGCACCUCUUAUGUCCUCGGGAUAUUAUUUGGUGCAUCUGUGGCGCUGUUGCCAAUAGCCAGAUUCUGGAACUUUAAUUUGUACGUUGCAGCGUUGUGCGCAUUCCAUUUCCUCGAGUUUUACAUCACGGCAAGAUACAAUCCCGGGAAGGUGGAGGUGGGCUCCUUUGUGCUCAGGAACGGCAAAAGCUACUUCCUGGCGCAAGCCCUCUCGGUAUGUGAAGUCUGGUUAGAGUUAUGGCUGUUCCCAAAUUGGAAGAACACCUGGAGAAGCACAGGCCACACGGCUUGCGUGGUGGUAGGCAUUGUGCUGCUGCUCUUCGGACAGUACGUAAGGUCACAGGCCAUGGUUACAGCUGGCCAGUCUUUUUCCCACCUGAUAAAGACUACCAAGGAACCUGACCAUGUGCUUGUCACUACUGGAAUCUACCGAAUUUCGCGGCAUCCAUCGUACCUCGGGUACUUUUGGUGGACCUUGGGAACGCAAUUGGUGCUAUUAAAUCCGGUUACUUUCGUGGUAUUUGCUAUAAUACUAUGUAAGUAUUUCAGUGACCGGAUCAGAUAUGAGGAACAUUACCUAUUGCAAUUCUUUGGCAAAGUGUAUGUGUCCUACAGGGAGAGUACCGGUGUGUAUAUCCCCUUCAUUCCUUAG